CGGUAAUGCAACAUAUUGGAUUCCAACCGCCGUUAAACCACAUCGAAGAAGAAAUCUCCCACAGUGCGGAAAUAGAAAGGGGGAUUCCUGGUGCAAGUUAGCUUAGCGCUGUCGCUUUGACAGCUAGCUACAUCAGAAGAAUGUCAGAACUAUCACUGGAAAUUAUUUCAUCAGAUUUGAAUAGAAAUACAAUCUAGAAGUGGUGUCAGUUGCGGAAAUACGCUUGGUCUGCCACAGUCAACCCAGAGCUUAGUUAGCUAACGUCAGCCUGAUUAACGCCAACUAACUACGUAUACAGAUAAAAGCAUGGUACAGCCCCAGAACGACACCUGGGACAUGGCAGGGGACGAGGGAGGCGGGGCUCUCCGGGUUCCACCCGAGCUGGCAGCCAAUGAGGUGGUGACCAGACUACUGGGAGACAACCAGCAGCUCCGAGAGGCGUUGCAGCGCAGCAACCAGGCCCUGCGUGAGCGCUGUGAGGAGAUGGAGGAAUGGCAGCGGAGGUCUAGAGAAGAGAGGGAGUUCCUCAGCUGUCGUUUCCAAGAGGCCCGGGCGCUAGUGAAGAGACUGACCAGGGAGAACCACAGCCUUACCAGCCUGGCCAGCCCCUCGAGCCCCUCCAACCCUGAAGCUAGCCAAGGCCUGCUGGUCAACGGCCCCAGUGUCAGCCAGGACUCCUGCCCCAACUCUACCAACUGCAGCUCCAAUGGGGGUCCUGGGAGAGGAGGGGAGCAGGAGAAGAGCUCAGAGACCAACGGAACCAUGGCAACCUCACUGGUACAGAGAGCUGCAGGAGAAGUUAGAUUCCCUCCAGAAGACUUCAGCUCAGAGAGACAGAACUGAAGUACUGCUUAAACAGAAGGACAAGGACUGUGCCCAGCUGGCUAAGGACGGCGAGGCGCUGAAGGCCCAGGUGACGUCUCUUCUGGGUGAGCUGAGAGAGAGACAGAGCUGUCUGGACCAGAGCCAGCAGGACCGCAACAUACUGGACGACAA